AUGACGCGGAUUCGUGUGUUGCAGACAUGUGGAGCUGCAUUCUUAGCAAUUGCCCACAUUAUCUGCAGAAGAAUGGUGGAGUUGAAGGGGCCUAUAGUAUCAUCAAUGUCCCAGAAAUUGGCAUUUUUCUCUACUUGCGCCACCGCGCUUCCCUCCAUAGAUGACUUAGAGAUUCGAUGGCUUUCAUUCCUGGGAUCACUCGAUGAUUAUAUCCUCAAAUCCGAGAGGAUUGCCGAGGUUGUUUUCCCGCCCUCUGCUCGCCUGUUUGACAAGAUUGAGGAGCUUGCCUGUGCCACAUUGUUCCUCCCAAGAAAAGUUGAAGAUGGAUUAGACAAAUUCCCCAUCAUAAUGCAGCAAGUCCCAUUUCUUGAUUGGGCUUUGGUUCAUUUGAUAGCCUGGUUGAAUUUCUUGAUUUCUGCUCUUACUCACUGGGGGUCUAAUCCCACCCGGGAGAAAGAGAUAACAAUUGAUAUGAGUUGCAAUAAUAACGACAACCUCGACCAGAACAACAACAACAACAACCUCAAUAAUUCAGAAGAAUCUGCAGAACCAACAGACAAGAAGGCGGCCUGUUUCGCCCCAGAGGAUCAAAAACAUGUUCCAUUAUCCGAGGACAUCUGUCCAACAAAUUCGGCCGAUUCUGAAUCAGAGCCCACCACGAGCUACAGCAGCCUCGUCGUCCCGAACCUCUCGAUGCAAUCCAUGGAAACCGAUCUGAUCUCCAGCCCCGUGAGUUCAACCUCAGGGAGCACUGUAACAGACAACACGGAUACGUCUUUCUUGAUCGAUUCGUGGCUGCCCAGCAUGACCGAUUCGGUCGGGAGUGGCAAGUGUAGCUACAAGGAAAUCCUGACCAAAGGGGUGAAAGAAGAGGCGGAAGGGGAGCCACCCGACGACGUGUUGCAGGAAAAAGGAGAAACUCCCGUUGAAGACGAUGGGAAAAUGAAGAAACACAGCGCCCCGGAGGAUCAUCAGCGGGUUAAACCCAUGGUGUUUGAGGCCAAAGGAGGGGAGAUUUCCAGAGGGAAGAUUGUGAAGAAAAAGAAGAAAGGAAAGGCAGAGAAAGACCAAAUCUUGCGAUUGUUUGAUGCAAGCUGGAGUCUGAGUUGA